CGACGACACUCCGAUUCACUGAAUAAUCCCAUUUAGAUCGCCGCCUCCCGACCAGAGCUGUUAACUGUGACACGCAUGCAUGCUGCUCCCUGGGGAUACGGCAUUCUCCCUGCAAAUACCGUGGUGGCUGAGAAGGCCAUGACGCAAUCUCAAUCCCCAUCUCGGACUGCUUAACAUCGACUUGACGCUCAACGUAAAGCGCACGACCACCAAUCCAGUGUAUCUUCGACCGCAGCUCUUUCAUACCACUAUGGCUCGUAUCCUCAUCACUGGCUCGUCUGAUGGCCUCGGCCUCCUCACCGCGAAGCGCCUCCUGGCCAACGGCCACUCGGUCGUCCUACACGCUCGUAGCGCUCAACGCGCCCAAGACGCCUCCGCCGCAUGUCCCAAUGCCGAAUCUAUUGUCACCGGCGACCUCUCCUCGAUCGCCAACACUAUCGCCUUUGCUGAAGACGUAAACAAACUCGGACAAUUCGACUGUGUCGUGCAUAACGCUGGGUUGUACCUCGGGCCCUUCCGGAAGACUGCUGACAGCAUACCAGCCGUCGCCGCUGUCAAUACAAUUGCUCCAUACAUCCUCACGUGCCUACUCAAGCGGCCGACGCGGUUCGUUUUCGUGAGCUCGGAGAUGCACUACAGCGGCGAUGGGGGAUUACGGGAUGUCGUAUGGCAACAAAGAGGUGAGGUAGGUUGGGAUAGUACACAGGCAUACUGUGACAGCAAACUUCACAAUGUCAUGUUCGCAAAGGCAUUUGCGCGACGUUGGCCUGACGUUCAGGCCAAUUCGCUAGAUCCCGGCUGGGUGCCAACGAAGAUGGGCGGUCCGAGUGCCAUUGGGAGCUUAGAUGCCGCGGUUGAGACAUAUGUCAUGCUUGCCGAGGGCAGAGAAAAUGGGGAGAAUGGAAGAUAUUUUGGCCCCGGGAGGAAGGAGAGCAGUCCAAAGUCCGUUGCCGAUGACGUUGAGGCCCAGGAGAGGUUGCUACGGAUUUGCGAGGGUAUUAGUGGAGUAAAAAUUCCUGUGUGAGAUGGCAGCUCUUAAAAGCUAUUUAUAGUAUUCAAAUGCCCGAAUUCUACAACCCCAUUUUCUAGGGCGGUAGGGUGAGGUAAUCA